CUCACUACCACUGCUUCUCCUGCUACAAGAUUCAAAACAACCCCUUCUGUUGGAACAACUGGCAAAAUGCCUGGAACUAACAAUACCAUCCUCACUACCACUGCUUCUCCUGCUACAAGUUUUAAAACCACCCCUUCUGUUGGAACAACUGUCACAAUGCCUGGUACUAACAAUAGCAUUCUGACCACCACUGCUCCUACCGCUACAAGUUUCCAAACCACUCCUUCUGUUGAAACAACUGUCAAAUUGCCUGGAACAACAGUCAAAAUGCCUGAUACUAACAAUACCAUCCUCACUACCACUGCUCCUACCGCUACAAAAUUCAAAACAACCCCUUCUGCUAGAACAACUGGCAAAAUGCCUGGAACUAACAAUACCAUCCUCACUACCACUGCUUCUCCCGCUAAAAGUUUCCAAACCACCCCUUCUGUUGGAACAACUGUCAAAUCGCCUGGAACAACUGGCAAAAUGCCUGGAACUAACAAUACCAUCCUCACUACCACUGCUUCUCCCGCUAAAAGUUUCCAAACCACCCCUUCUGUUGGAACAACUGUCAAAUCGCCUGGAACAACAGUCAAAAUGCCUGAUACUAACAAUACCAUCCUCACUACCACUGCUUCUCCUGCUACAAGAUUCAAAACAACCCCUUCUGUUGGAACAACUGGCAAAAUGCCUGGAACUAACAAUACCAUCCUCACUACCACUGCUUCUCCUGCUACAAGUUUUAAAACCACCUCUUCUGUUGGAACAACUGUCACAAUGCCUGGUACUAACAAUAGCAUUCUGACCACCACUGCUCCUACCACUACAAGUUUCCAAACCACUCCUUCUGUUGAAACAACUGUCAAAACUCCUGGUAUUAACAAUACAAUCCUUACCACCACUGCUUCUCCCGCUAAAAGUUUCCAAACCACCCCUUUUGUUGGAACAACUGUCAAAUUGCCUGGAACAACAGUCAAAAUGCCUGAUACUAACAAUACCAUCCUCACUACCACUGCUUCUCCCGCUACAAAAUUCAAAACAACCCCUUCUGCUGGAACAACUGGCAAAAUGCCUGGAACUAACAAUACCAUCCUCACUACCACUGCUUCUCCUGCUACAAGUUUUAAAACCACCUCUUCUGUUGGAACAACUGUCACAAUGCCUGGUACUAACAAUAGCAUUCUGACCACCACUGCUCCUACCGCUACAAGUUUCAAAACCACUCCUUCUGUUGAAACAACUGUCAAAACUCCUGGUAUUAACAAUACAAUCCUUACCACCACUGCUUCUCCCGCUAAAAGUUUCCAAACCACCCCUUCUGUUGGAACAACUGUCAAAUUGCCUGGAACAACAGUCAAAAUGCCUGAUACUAACAAUACCAUCCUCACUACCACUGCUUCUCCCGCUACAAAAUUCAAAACAACCCCUUCUGCUGGAACAACUGGCAAAAUGCCUGGAACUAACAAUACCAUCCUCACUACCACUGCUUCUCCUGCUACAAGUUUUAAAACCACCUCUUCCGUUGGAACAACUGUCAAAACGCCUGGAACAACAGUCAAAAUGCCUGAUACUAACAAUACCAUCCUCACUACCACUGCUUCUCCCGCUACAAGAUUCAAAACAACCCCUUCUGUUGGAACAACUGUCACAAUGCCUGGUACUAACAAUAGCAUUCUGACCACCACUACUCCUACCACUACAAGUUUAAAAACCACUCCUUCUGUUGAAACAACUGUCAAAACCCCUGGUAUUAACAAUACAAUCCUUACCACCACUGCUUCUCUCGCUAAAAGUUUCCAAACCACCCCUUCUGUUGGAUCAACUGUCAAAACGCCUGGAACAACAGUCAAAAUGCCUGAUACCAACAAUACCAUCCUCAUCACCACUGCUUCUCCUGUUACAAGUUUCAAAACCACCCCUUCUGUUGGAACAACUGUCAAAACACCUGAUACUAAUAAUACCAUCCUCACGCCCACUGCUUCUCCCACGCUCCCACCCGGUUUCACUGUAAACCCAUGCCAAGGUGUAGACAGUCAAGCAGUUAAGACCAUGCUCUCACAUGAAAAUGCCUCUGCCGUACUGUGCAACUUUAGCAUUACUGACUAUGCCUGUUCAUCAGGGGCUGAUCUGUCUGCUGAUGACCUAGCCAAACUACUAACAUGUAAACUGACAGGCAAGAUAAAGUACUCCAAAGAUGUUUGGAAAAUUUUCUUAUACAAUGUUGCUGCACAUUUGGAAGAAGCCCUGAAGCUUUACAUCAUGAACCUCAGCAACAUUCAGUCUGACCCAAAUAUACUUGAUGCCAUCGGGGAGGUGAUAAUCAGUAAUUUCACUACAGAAGAGCUGAUAAAUGUGACUUUCAUCAGCGAGUGGUUCCAGGUCAGGCUAAGACCAUUUUUGUCAUCAGUGUCAACGGAAUUUCUUUCCAGCCUCAGUUUCAAAAACUUUAGCUGCAUUACCUACCAAAUUGUGGUGGAAGCUCUCAGUAGUCAAGAAACUCUCAUGAAUGAGGACCAGAAGCAGUCGGUCUUUACUACAUUGAUCUUUCCCUUUCUGUCAAGAGUUGACCUGCCAGAUCCUGGCUGUGUUUCUGACACUUCUGGCAGCAAUGACUGGCUUGCAAAGAACCUAGGCAAUUUUUCAGCUUAUGCUUUAUGGGAAGAGCUCAACAAUCUAAAUGAAAAUUUCUCUAGUGUGGCAGUAUUAGGCUUGCUGUCCAGUGAGCAGAAGGCACAGUUCAUCUUGCAGCCAGAUUCAGGAGUGUUGGGAAAUGAGUCUGUGUUUAGAGAGGUGUUCAGCAAUAUGGUGGCAUCUUUAGAUCUGAACCAACUUGGCAGCUUCUUCACAGCCUUCAACCAGACUUCAAAACAAAUGAACUCGAGCAUUUCUACAGCAAUUUCCGAAAUCAUCCUUAAUGUGACACUUUUGAAUCUGGCACCAGACUUCCAAAGUUUCAGCCCAGAAGAAUUUGCCCUGUGGUUCCAGACCUACCUUUCCUUCUUCCUUCCUGUGAUUGGUCCAAACACCCUGUCAGUCAUCCCCAUGAACAUCAGCGGUGACUCCUACAGAGAGAUAGUGAUAGGACUUGAUAAUGUGUACAGUCACCUCACCAAUACACAGUCCAACACUGUCUUCAAUCACACACUAGACUAUCUCCAGUACCAGUCGAGUCAAGGCCUGAGAUAUUACAGCAGUGGGAGCUUCUUCAUGUUCCUGAACCAGUUCUUCCGCAGUUUUGGAUUCCCUAACCUGAAGGAUUUCCUGUCUCUGAUCCCAGCUGAUCGACAGGCAGAGAUUUUGGACUCCAUCUCUGUGGAAGAACUCAGUGAGUUCUUGAACAGGCCAGAUGCAGUCACUGAUGGGGCUGAGCUCUGCACGCUCCUCAACAACUACAAUAUGACCAAUCAGUACCUAGAAAGGGAACCCGUUUUGUCCUCAGCUUUGGCCAGCCUCACGUUGGCCUGUGUCUGGCCUCAGGCUCUCAGGGCCUCUUCUCCAGCGGAUGUAGAACAGUGGUUUGAUGUCACACUGGUUAACUACCUUCCCUACCUCACCUUCCAACUCAUCAGCUCCACCCAGCUCAGUGAGGCCUCCUGUCUAUCAUACAGGAAACUGGUGUCUGUCCUUGGAAAAAACUACAACUUUUCUGCGACUAAUUUUGCUCCAGCUGAUGUGUACAGCUCUAUAAGAGCAUAUCUGACCAACAAUGAUGGCAGGCCCCGCUGCUUUAACUCCUCAGAUCCUCUUCUGAACUCCACUGCAUGGUUUGCUGACAACAUUGGAUUCUUCUUCAAGUUCAUCACCCUCACAGAUCUUCAAUCUUAUAUAUCAGAUAGCAAGAUUGGUGUGUUUCUGGAGAAUUCAGAGAACCUUCAGUUGUUUAAUAACUUGGAAAUUGCAACAAGUGUCACAAAAUACUACACAACUCAAUUAUACAUCCAGGAUCCCAACUUCAACCCAAUCAGGUUACCAGGUGGACUUCUCUGUGAUGCUCCUGCCUCUGCAUUUACUUCUCUUGGAGAAACAGACAGUCAGGCCGUUCUGAUAAGAAUCAACAACAAAUGCAAAAAAAUCAAUCCACAGGUCACAGCUACACUUGUGGCAAAGUUUUCUACUUUGUCAGCAACUUCAAUUGAGUUCCUUGGCAACCAAAGUGUUGGCCUGACUGUGGGCCAGAUAAGUUCUGCCCCCUCUGAAGUGAUCAACAGUGCACUGUCUACCUUCAGUACCAUCAGUGGCUGGGACCAGGGCCAAGCAAAUGCCCUCAUCCAGAGCAUCAUUAGUGCAGGAUUUCAUAUUAGCAGUGGUUCCUCUCUAUUGUCUUUGGGCACACUAAUUGGAGGAGUUCCAUCUGCAACCAUCUCCAGCAUCCCAUCUUCUCAGCUUCUGUCUUUAUCACAGAAUCCAACAUUCAUCAAUAACAUUCAGUCAGCACCAACUAUUCUGCAAGAGACAUUCAUUCAAAAGAUAAUUUCUGCAGAUGAAACCAAUGUGAUAAGGAAUGUUCCAGGUUCACUGGCCAUGUAUAUACCAGUUGUUUUACUAUCAUCAUUGAGUUCAGGUGACGUAUUGCUUGUUAACAACCAGAAGUGGAGUCAUGACCAGGCACAGAUCUUGUUUGGAGCAGUGGCCAGUGCCAGUGAUAAUACAGAAGAUCUGUCAACAUCAGUACUGCAAGGGUUCUCUUGCACCUCAGUGCAGACUGUCCCACAGCAAAAAAUCCAAAAUCUUGUAAAGGCCUGUAGACCACGUCCAAACAGACAAAAGGUCUCCCUGAAAGAAUCUCAGCUGACCUGCAUGUACAACACAAUCAAAGAAGACUCUGUGGACUUCAGUGAUGUUCCUUCUGACAUGCUCCUCUACUACAGCUAUGAUAAAGUGGUGCAGGAAAAUUGCAGGUCAUAUUUCACUUCUUUGGGAGCUGCGGAUUUCUCUAUUCCUUCAGCUGUCCUCAACAAGCCUGCCACACUGUUUGCCAAUGCACAAGGCUGUCUGGGUAUCUCUGGUGUGAAGCUAACUAGGGAUCAAGUGGGAAUUCUGGGGAAUAUGACCUGCACCCUGGACUCCUCCUACAUCCAGAACUCUGACCCUCUCAUUUUGGAGAACCUAAAGAACUGUGGAGAUCUAUCUGAAUCUCAGAAAACUGCUGUAAACUUACAGCUCCUCAGUGGAAACACUGUUUAUGGAAACCCUUUAAAGUGGACUAUGCAGACCCUGGAGCAGUUGGGCACCCUGCCUCUCUAUUUCAAUUCAUACAUGUGGGGACUGUUCAGCUCAGAUCUAAAAAUACAAUUUUUACAAUACUUCAUGCCAUUACUGAGAAAUCAAAAGACCCCAGUACAAAAAUUGAAGAAUUUGUUUACGGCAUGCAACUCCCAAAUGUCCAAAGUCAGACGUGCUGCAGGAUGCACCACUGGAAACAUCACAACUGUCACAAUUGCAGAUGAAGCAUUUCCUGUAGGAUAUGACUCCACCCAGUUUGAUUUGUGUUUGGAUAAUAGUGUCCUUCUAGAAAAUCUGGCAGCCAUCACUGAGAAAGUGGUGGACACCAGUUUCCAAACUGUCAUUCUGAACAAAUUAAACCAGAUCUACCCAUCAGGGCUUAAUGACAGUGUGCUACAGCUACUGGGCUCCAGUUCUCGUGUGGCCACUAUUGAUGACAUCAGCAAGUGGAACAUUAACAUGAUUGAUACACUGUCCUCUUUGAUGAACUCAGAUAAUGGAAACUGGACACCCAAUAUGGGUAAUGCGGUGAUUACAAGAUAUCUAAGAAUACCUAAUCAUACUCUGGGAACUUCUGAAAUAAAUACAAUUGGUUCCAACAUCUGUUCUUUGGAUGUCAAUAUCUUGAAAACUAUUACUGCUGACAGUUUGAAGAAUGCAAAUUCCCUGGAUGUGUCCUCAUGUUCCAUUGAAAAGAAACAAGCACUUUAUAUAAUCAGGAAGUCCUCAUUCAACGGGCAGGGCCUCACUUCAGCAUAUUACCAACUCAUAAGGCCUUACCUUGGUGGUGCUCCUAUACAGGAUAUACAAUCUCUUUCUACAAUGAAUGUCAACAUGGACAUCACAACAUUCCUGAAUCUAAACCCGGAUGUCAUCAUGGCCUUAAAUGUGAGCACAGUGCAAGGCCUACUUACAAUGACUAUAGCUGAUCUGAAGCUGUUUGAGAACUCCUCAGUGAUUCAGUCCUGGGUGGCUCAACAGGACCAGUCUGAUUUGGACACCCUGAAGCUUGGCUUAAAGGGGGGUAAAAUCACUGCUGUGACACCUCAAGCAGCAAAUACCACUGUCACCAUCAGCCAGACAAAUGAAACAACUACUCUCAAUACCACACCUCAGACAUCAGGUGCACCUGCAGUUUAUGAUGGAGCAGCGUUCCUCCUUCUGUGUGUAGGAGUUCUAACACACCUUACACAUGUGUUUCACACAACAUAAAAUCAAACUUUAGCUACUAUUGCUAAAUUUUAUAAUUACAUCAUGUACCUUUUGUUUAAGAACUGCCAGUAAAAUGCAUUAAUGCAAUUAUUUUAAAUAUUUUAAUUAAUUAUUAUUUUGAUGUAAUUUUAAUUAUUUUAAUUUUAUUACCAAUAUUUUUGUGAAACUGUUUUUUUUUUUUAUAACUGAUUUUUUAAUUAUGAUGGUCUAUGGUUAAGCAUAUUAGGUCUAUUAUUUUUUAAUUCAAUUAUUAAUGAAUUUUUUGUUUGUUAUAUUGUCUUAUA